AUGGAUUCAUCUGGCAAAGUGGCAUUUGUCACAGGCGCAAACGGCAUUAGUGGCCAUGCCAUUAUUGAACAUCUCAUUCGAACACCUGAAUCCGAGUGGUCGAAAAUCAUCAUCACUUCACGCAAGCCUCCCGCAACCUACUGGAUUGACCCACGCAUCGAAUUCAUUGCUCUUGAUUUCCUGGAUGAUCCAGAAAUCAUCAAGUCCAAGAUUAAAGUCAUCUGCAAAGAUGUAACGCACGCCUACUUCACGUCAUACGUUCAUAAUAAUGACUUCAACAAACUCGCCGAGAAAAAUUGUCCCCUGUUCCGGAACUUUCUAGAGGCCGUUGACACGGCUUGCCCGAAUCUGAAGAGGAUUUGCCUCCAGACUGGGGGGAAGCAUUAUGGAAUGCAAUUCCGGGAAUUCUCGACGCCUUUUUACGAGGAAACUCCACGAUAUGAAGGCCCGGGCUCCGGAUCUAUCUUCUACUACGAGCAGGAGGAUGAUCUCUUCCGGAUGCAAAAGCGCCGCAACACCUGGCAUUACAACAUCAUCCGCCCAAUGGGAAUCAUUGGGUUCACACCUCAAUUCAAUGGGAUGAACGAGGCUAUCUCGUUGGCGCAGUAUUUCCUCAUCUGUCGUGAGCUUGGAGAGAGCCCGAAAUGGCCCGGCAACCUACGAAACUAUCAUCGAACUGAAGAUCAGUGCUACUCUCCUAGCAUAGCCGAUCUCACCGUCUGGGCUUCCACUCAUGACAACUGCCAGGACGAAGCAUUUAACCACACCAACGGCGAUGUCAUCGUGUUCAAAUUCCUUUGGGCUCAUCUCGCAAAGUACUUCAAAGUCGAGGCUCCCCAACCACCCUCCACGCUUGAAGGAGAAAACGAUGGGCCCACUAUCAACCUGGUAGAAUGGGCGAGCGACAAAAAGGGGGUUUGGGAAACGAUUGUGGCCAAAUAUGGUGGCAGUGUCGAAUGCUUCCAGCCUGAGUCAUUCGCCCUGCUUGACUGGGGCCUCAACCCAUCGGGAAAACUAACGGCCCCCUUCAUGAGCACUGUUCACAAAGCAAGAAAGUUUGGCUGGAAUCGUAUUGACAACACCUACGAAGCGUAUUACCGCACAUUCCGAUCAUACGAGAAUGCUGGUAUUUUGCCCAAAUCCCACCAGUUCCAAUAG